AUGCCCUGCUUAAAAAUCUUAACCAACAUUCCGAUGAGUAAAAUACCACGCGAUUUCGUUGAUAAAAUAAUACCCGUUUUAGCGAAAGCAGUCAAUAAAGAAGAGCAUAAGUUCAUAUGCGUUAUAAAAGGUGACUGCUACAUGUCCUUCGGCGGUGACUCUUCAAAGCCUAGUGCUGUAUCCACACUGGAGAGCAUCGGUAAUUUGGGAUCGACGGAGAACAGAAAAAUCAUUAGAGAGCUAUCUGCUUUCGUGAAAAAAGAAAUUAAUGUUGAUCCUGAUAGAUUUUUCCUGACAUUCUAUGAUUUGUCACCACGAAAUGUGGGAAAAGGCGGCGUUACUAUAGAAGAAUUGAUA